AUGUGGAGACAUCAACAGCACAAAUACAUCUACAACGACAACCCCGAAGACACCGAAACCUUCAUCGUCUUCCGUGAAGUCCAGAACCACGGAUACACUGACUCCUAG